UUGAGAACUGAGGGCGGUCCGAAACAAAACACAGCUAGGAAGAGGGGCGGAGCUGGUGUGUCCUGGCGGCUGCGCAUUCCGCGUUUCUCCGCCUCCAAGUUCCUGCUGCUCUGUUUUUGCUGCUGCUGGUUCAGACUUCCUGUCCCGAGAAGUCCGACUCGGUGCACUUUUUUUUUCUUCUUCUACGCGUGAAGCUCCAGCAAAGUCAGAGAUCCCAAAUUCCAGUGUCAUCUAAGUGGAGAGGCAGACCCUCAUUCUGUCUGCUUGGGGAGCAGUCCUUUUAAUAGCGACACGGACAGACCCUGAGCUUUGGAAAAGUACUAAUGGCUUUCCGCCUGGGUUGGAAAAAUUCCAGGAGCCAACGGCAUUUGCUGCAGACUGUGAGCGGUGGGGUCCCCCUGUUUCCCUGGAGGACAGCAGGGAGCUGUUUGGACCCUGAGAUGAAAGCCUACCUGGAGGACAAUACUGAAGUCACCAGCAGUGGCAGCCUUACCCCUGAAAUCCAGUUACGGCUUUUGACCCCCAGGUGCAAGUUCUGGUGGGAAAGGGCUGACCUGUGGCCCUACAGUGACCCCUACUGGGCAAUCUACUGGCCAGGAGGCCAGGCCCUCUCUAGGUAUCUUUUGGAUAACCCUGAUGUUGUUAGAGGAAGGUCGGUCUUAGAUCUUGGGAGCGGAUGUGGAGCUACAGCAAUUGCUGCUAAGAUGAGCGGAGCAUCAGAGAUCUUGGCCAACGACAUAGACCCCCUUGCAGGAAUGGCGAUUACACUAAAUUGCAAAUUAAAUGGACUGAAUCCGUUUCCCAUUUUAACCAAAAACAUUUUGAAUACGCAACCACAUAAGUUUGAUCUCAUUGUUCUUGGAGAUAUGUUUUAUGAUGAAGACCUUGCAAACACUCUUCAUUUGUGGCUGGAGAAGUAUUUUUGGACCCACGGAACCCGAAUAUUGAUUGGUGACCCUGGGAGGCCCCAGUUCAGUGGACACAGCAUUCAGCAUCAGCUGCACCGGCUAGAAGAGUACACACUUCCAGAGCCAACUCGGCGGGACAACAACGGACUGACCACAAGUGCAGUGUGGGACUUUCAUCCCUGAUUUGUCAGAGUGCUUUCACGUGUUUGGAUUAAACUCUAAAAAUUUCCCUCUGUGGGACGUAGUUUAAAGAAUGCAGUUCAGUGGGGGUGGGUGGCUUGAGGCUUAAAUACCACCACGUGGGAGACUGAGGUGGGUUGAUCGCUCUGAAUUUGAAGCCAGAAUGGUCUACAUGGUGAGUUAGUUCCAGGACAGCCAGAACUACAUAGUGAGACUCUGAUGGAGGGCGUUAUUUAAAAUUUCUCUGUUCAGCCCUGCACAGUGGUGCCUGCUUUUACAGGUGGAUCUCUGAAUUUGAGGCCAGCUUGGUCUACAGAGUGAGUUUCAGGACAGCAGAGCUACACAGUGAGACCUGGUCUCAAAACAAACAAAUGGAAAUUAGUAAAUAAAAAGAAAGAAAAUCUCACCUUCCUUGGCUGUUCUACCUUGCAUAACUGUAUGGUUUACUAAAGUUAGUAAUGGUUAUGCUUCCAUUUCAUAUACCAGGUUGGCAGGAUUUUAUAAGAACACAAUACUCUAAGCAAAAAUAAUGUGAAUAAUACAUUUCACACACAACUGAUUAUGUAGAAGGUAUAUCUUAGAUGUAUGGAUAUAACAUACACAACUUGCUACAAUAUUAAUAAAAUAUCUCUGGAAAGAUAAGGAGCUGGAGUGUUAUCUUUCUGUUACUGUAACAAAAUAACUGAAAAAGAAAAUCAGCUUAAAAGGAGGAGUGGUUUAUUUCAGCUCCUCCUUGGUCUGCUGGCUCCAUUGUUUUGUGUGGAGGCAAGGUGGGAUUUUAGGGCAAAAACAGUGUGUGGUAGAAUUGGCUUCCCACAUGGUGGCCAGGAAGCAGAGAGAGGAAGACCAACUGCCUAGUCUUGCUUCUGCAACCGUGCUUGCUCCCCACCUUGCAGUUUGCGCUAUAAGAGAGGUGUGAAGGAUUGGCCCAGGGCUGGUCUCUUGAACCCUGUCUUUGCAGUAAUCCAUUCAGUUAUGAAUGCAUUAAUGCACUAAUCCAUUGGUGAGGUCAGAGACCUCAUGAUCCACUUACGAACAUCACUGCAUUGGGGAUGGACUAGGCUUUCGGUACAAAUUUUGGGCAGUUACUACAGAUUAAUACUAUAACUUGUUGGAGGAAGCCACUUGUAGGUUCCCAGCCACU